AUGACCGCCUCCGCUGCUACCAUCCAUAGCGAGCGCACUCCCCUCUUAUCUUCUACUGAACGCGAUUCCUCACCUCCGACCGCCCUCACAACCUCCGAUGCUUCUACCUUAGUCGACGGACCGCCCGAUGUCGACCCUCCCUCCCCUGCAGAAGAUGACGAGGAUCGCCCUCUGCCGCUCUGGCAGAUGUUCCUCCUCUGCUUUGCUCGACUUGUUGAGCCCGUCGCGUUCUUCAGCAUAUUCCCCUUUGUGAGCGAGAUGAUCCACGAGAGCGGCAGCGUGCCUGACGCCGAGGUCGGUUUCUGGAGCGGGUGGAUCGAAAGUUGUUUCUCUCUGACUCAGACAGUAUUCAUGCUCUUCUGGGGUCGUGCUUCGGACAAAUACGGCCGGAAACCCGUGCUCAUUGCCUCCCUAUCCGGUGUCGCCGUCGCCAGCGUCUUGUUCGGUCUCUCGAAGAGCGUAUGGCAAAUGAUCGCCCUUCGCUCCGUUGCUGGCAUCUUCGCGGGAACGAUCGUCACCGUUCGGACGAUGAUUACAGAGAAUUCGACACAGAAGACCCAAGCGCGCGCGUUCAGCUUCUUCGCCUUCGCAGGCAACAUUGGUAUUUUCCUUGGACCCGUCAUCGGUGGGGGGCUCUCCAAGCCUGCAACCCAGUUGCCAGCAGUGUUUGGCGGAUCGUGGUUACUCCGGGAAUAUCCAUAUCUUCUCCCAUGCCUCAUUUCUGGCGGAUUGGCAGCUGUUGCAGCAGUGAUCAACCUGAUUUGGCUGAAGGAGACACGCAAGCUGCAGAAAGACCACCAUGCGAUCGUGCUCACCCCUCCAUCAAUGCGCGAAGUCGUCUCUGGCCCCGGUGUGAUCCCCGUCCUAUGCAUCUUCGAAUACGCCCUCCUCCUGGGCGUAGCCUUCACCGCCAUGUGCCCCGUGUUCUUCUACACUCCUAUCGAGCUGGGCGGGUACAACUUCACCCCUCCUCAGAUAUCGCUCUACCUCGCCAUCGCUGGGAUAUCCCAAGCCAUCUGGCUGCUUCUCGUCUUUCCUCCGCUCGUGAACCGCAUCGGCACGGGUAAGCUGCUCCGGUUAUGCGCCUGCGCAUGGCCGAUCACAUUCAUGGCGCUGCCUUUGAUGAACAUUCUCCUUCGGCACGGCCAGUGGACCGCGUUCUGGGUAAUAAUGCCAAUGAUCAUUAUAACCAGCUCUGGGGUGAGCAUGGCCUUCACCGCCGUCCAGCUAGCGCUGAACGACAUCUCCCCGAACCCACUUGCGCACGGGACGCUCAACGGCGUCGCCCUCUCCCUACAGUCGGCAGUGCGUGCUGUCGCACCCGCGACGUACAAUACGGUCUAUGCGAUAGGAGUGGAACGACAGAUUCUCUGGGGCGAGUUGGGAUUCGCGAUGCUUAUUGUGACCGCCUUUGGGUUCAUUGUCCUAUUAAAGUGGCUUCCGGAGCAGGCAGAGGGAAGGCCGAAGAAGAAAGCAGAUGAGGAGACACAGAGGGAGGAGGCACAGUAA